AUGGACGAAAAGGUCAACACAGGCUCUGCAGCUGCAGCUGCAGCUGCCACGCCCUCCUUCAAUGACCCUGACAAAGUCGAGCCCAACCCACGGGCUGACCCGCCGCUGGGAAAGGACCAGGAGCUCUUUUUCAUCAACGGCGACGAAGACAGUUGUGAAAAUCUUGCCAUGUAUCAAACUCAUGGCUACCAUCCUAUUGUACUUGGCGAUGUCUUGCCCAAGGCGGGCACGUGUGAGACCGAUGAGUCCAAAGCACCAAGGUACCGUAUCAUCCAGAAACUUGGAUUCGGUGCGUUUUCGACCGUAUGGCUUGCCCGUGAUAUACUGGAAAGUCGGUACGUCGCCGUCAAGGUCUGCUGUGGUACCGACAAGCCGGUCUUCAGCAGAGAGACGAAUAUUCUGCGCCACAUCCAACAUUCUAGUAAAGGAUGCGCUGGGUUCGACAACGUCUUAGCUCUGUAUGAGGCAUUUAUCAUUUCAGGACCAAACGGAUGGCACGAGUGUCUCGUCACUGAGGUUGUAGCCCCUCUGCAGGGCUUGGGAAUUAAGAAUGUUUGGUCCAAAAAGGACGUAGUGAAGCAGAUCGCAUCUGCAGUUUCUCUGUUACACUCGCAGGGGAUCGCACAUGGGGACCUUCACCAGGACAACUUUGGUGUCGCCCUUUCAGGCCUCCAUGACAUUUCCGAGGACGAGAUGAUGACACACUUCCAGGGUGAGGUGGAAGUUAUUCCAGUCGUACCGCGUGACCCCCUGUUCCCACGAGACACAGUACCAGCCUACGCGACACCCUUGGCACAUUGGGGCGCCUUCCUCCAAGAACAAGGCCAAUAUCCUCAACCUGGCUCGGCCACCUUCAAAUUGCUCGAUUACGGAAGAGCCUUUUCGGUCGACCAAACCCCACGCCAGUUACCCGGCGGUGCCCCAUUCCACAUUCGGCCUCCAGAAGUCAUCCUGUACGAUAUAACGGAAGGCAAAGCAGGAUCUGUGUGGAGUAAGGAAGCAGAUAUCUGGGCGUUGGGAUGUGCGAUAUACCCUGGAUAUAUGAUCGGCGAUCACGGCUUUCGAGAUUUCUAUAAACGCCUCGCGAAUGCCCUCCUCGUUGGUGGCCCACCGCCAGGGGAAUGGCUGGGGUAUCUAGACUAUGAGCGACUGCUGAGCUCCGCAGCGCAAGCCAUACACAUAGAUAAAACUCUAGCGUCGACAGAACAGUUCAUGGCGGAAAUAUCAUCAGAGGCAGCUAAGGGAUGGGAAAAGCGAGCGGGGCGGAACUGGGAGACUCAGCAUGAACUUUUUAUCGAUCUGCUCCAGCGGAUGGUAACCACUGUACCUGGUGCUCGUUUGGACAUAGCAGAAGUUCUUGCCCACUCAUGGCUUAGUAAUGGCCCGUAG